AUCCAGAACGAGGACAAAAAUACCACAGAGACAAAGAGAAAAGGAGAAUUGUCCUGAAUCCCUUCUACCAAAAGCACAGGUGGGGCUCAGCUGAACGAAGCCCCGCUCUUCUUUCUCAUCAUUACCGUAAGCGUGCGGAAGUCGGGCUGGAGCUGUUUGCGGCCGGUACGGCCGCGAUAAGAAGCUGCGUGUUUUGAUCUGAUCCGAAGUCCCUUUCCUGUUGGCAAUUGGUCUACCAGUCAUGAAACGAAUUCUUCUGUUUUUCAUCCUGGCUGCUGCUGUUAUGUAUGGUAUAUUGCAUGGAAAUCUGUGGAGAAAUAACUUCUACUGGAUUAGCUUUUAUGGACAGACUUCUUCUGUGAGGGGUCCUUCUUCCAGUGAGGCUAGUGGAGUUACCCAGCUGCCACCUACAGCUGUGGAGAGAAGGAACGCACUAGACACUUGUCUCCUGAAACCAGCAUUUGAAUCUUUACUGGAUGUUGACAAAAUAUACCCGUUCCUGUGUGCCAAUGAUUUUAUCAGAGUAGCAGAGUUCCAUGGAAGUGAUAAGUUCGAGCUACCUUAUGGAAUAAAGAGAGCAGAACAAUUUUUUCGUUUAGCCCUUUCGAAACUGCAAAACUGUGGACUGUCCAACGAAGAUGACAGUGUUGCCUGUCGACGGUGUGUUGUGGUCGGUAAUGGAGGAGUACUUCGAAAUAAGACGUUAGGGGGGAAAAUUGACUCAUAUGAUGUGAUAAUAAGGAUGAAUAAUGGCCCUGUUAUAGGGUACGAAGAGGAUGUUGGGAGAAGGACGACUUUCCGCCUUUCCUACCCGGAAUCCAUAUUCUCAGAUCCAAUCCACUACGACCCUAAUACUACUGUUGUUAUUAUUGUCUUCAAACCACGUGACUUAAAGUGGCUUUGGGAGAUAUUAGGCGGUCAGAAAAUAAGUGCUAAAGGCUUUUGGAAGAAACCAGCACUGAACAUGAUAUACAAAUCUAAUCAAAUCAGGGUUCUUGAUCCUAGCAUCACCAGAAAAACAGCUUAUGAUUGGCUUCGUUUCCCAACAAGAUUUCCCAAAAAAGAGAAACCCAAGCAUCCAACAACAGGACUAAUUGCCAUUACACUAGCAUUUCACAUUUGUCAUGAAGUUCACCUGGCGGGCUUCAAAUAUGACUUCACUGACAGGAACAGUUCUUUGCACUACUAUGGCAACGAGACAAUGUCUCAGAUGAUGCAGGUGACAACAGGAAUGGGAGCUCAGAGAUGUUCACACUUGAUUUUAACCUUAGAGGCACUGUUUUUUGGAUUCCCAGACUUCAGGAUAGGAUCUAGUAUGUCUUUCUGUUCUCCUGCAAGAAUGACAAUAUAUUUUUUCCAAAUGUAAUCCCCUUUUUCGCAUGCUGCAAAGCAUUUACAACUCUUAAAUGCAUAAGUAUGAACAAUAAAUGUUCCUGUCUUUGGUGGCAGAAUGUGCUAGGGGCUAUGUAAGAUUGCAUCAGUUGAAUUAUUGUUUGGCUACCGUUUACAUCUCUUGAGGUUUAAAUGAUGUGGCUGAGCUAAAUCAGUGGGCAUUUACAUGGGAAUUUAAUGGAGACAUUUAUUGGGAAGAUUGUGUUUCCUGUAUUGAUUUGUUUUAGGCACCCUACCAAAUAAGUUACAUUUGCCUGGGAAUGUACUUGACAACUUUUUAAAGAUGAAAGAACAAGUAGAAUUCCAUUCUAAAUCUUUCACAGGAUGUAUUUAUGUAUCUUUUUAUAGCGUCAGGGUUUUUUGGAAGACCUUAUAGUUAUCUACUGAUCAUACCUGCAGAAAACACUAAAAUCUGUUUCAAAAAAGUCUUCAAAGUCGAUAGAAAGACUUUGUUGCUUUUUAAUAAAAAGACACAGAGAUGUGGUACACCUGGGACCAGUGCAGGCAAUUAAAAUAUGAUCUCAAGCCUCUAGCAGGUCAUGAGCACAGUGUUGUCUUUUUCAGGAGCUGAGCAUUACAAGAGUACUGACCACAGUUCCUUUGCUGCAGCAGUCUAGAGGAGUAAGCACUGAAGUGACCAAAAAGCCAUCAUAUCCUUUUCUUAUUUCUCUUGCAGAGUGCAAUAGUUGAUUAAAAAAAUUCCUGAUAGCUUCCUUUUUAGCUCCUUGGCUCUGCCACUUGGCAGCUGCUGAGUGCAGUGUGACUUUGGAGGCAAGCCACUACCAAAGAAAAGGUGGCUUGUGCUAUUGUACGCUGUUUUUACCUAACGACUCCUGGCUUCUGUUUGGUUUCAAGCAAAUGGGACAUAUUUAAAAUAACUGCAGAUGUCAUAAAAAUGUGCAUCCCAGUGUGGCACAAGGAGGUGGCGAUUCAGGCACAAUGGUGCUUCUGCAUGGAGGGGCCCCUCAAACAUCUGUGUGCAGGCGGCAGCAGGGAGAGGAGGAGCAUGCUGGAGGAUCAGGGCAGGUACCUGUGCUGUAGAAGUGGAGGAAACCAGAAGUACUUGAAGGAAAUGUAUAAGCAGGAGGAGGAAUGGCUGUUUACAAGGGUGGAUAGUGAUAGAAAAAUGGGUGGAAUGGUCUUAAACUGAGACAGGGGAGGUUUAGGUUAGA